CUAUCUUCCCCACGUAAUCUUUCGACGUCACCGUCUUCUCAUCUCCCCCUCUACUCAUAAUGUCUGCUCCUGCUGCUUUCUCCGAUAUCGCCAAGGCGGCCAACGACCUCCUGAACAAGGACUUCUACCACUCCAACCCUGCCAGCUUGGAGGUUAAGUCCAAGGCCCCCAAUGGCGUCACCUUCAACGUGAAGGGCAAGUCGGCCCACGAGGGCUCCAUCGCUGGCACUCUCGAGGCCAAAUAUGUUGACCAGCCCACUGGCCUCACCCUGACCCAGGCUUGGACCACCGCCAACGCCCUCGACACCAAGCUCGAGCUCGACAACAACAUCGCCAAGGGCCUCAAGGCUGAGAUCCUGACCCAGUACCAGCCCGCCAAGCAGUCCAAGGGCGCUAAGCUGAACCUCUACUUCAAGCAGCCCAACCUGCACGCCCGUGCCUUCUUCGACCUCCUCAACGGCCCCUCGGCCAACUUCGACGCCGUCCUCGGCCACGAGGGCUUCCUCGUCGGUGCUGAGGGUGGCUAUGACGUCCAGAAGGCCGCCAUCACCAAGUACUCCGCUGCCGUCGGCUACAGCGUUCCCCAGUACACCGCUGCCAUCACCGCCGCCAGCAACCUGAGCGUGUUCUCCGCCUCGUACUACCACCGUGUCAACCCCCAGGUUGAGGCCGGUGCCAAGGCCACCUGGGACUCCAAGUCCGGUAACUCCGUCGGCCUCGAGGUCGCCAGCAAGUACCGCCUGGACCCCUCUUCCUUCGCCAAGGCCAAGAUCAACGACCGUGGUGUCGCCGCUCUCGGCUACAACGUCCUCCUGCGCCCUGGUGUGACCCUCGGCCUGGGUGCCUCCUUCGACACCCAGAACCUCAACCAGGCCGCCCACAAGGUCGGCGCCAGCUUCACCUUCGAGGCUUAGAGGAAUUCUCCUUCCUCCGCCAGCCUCUCCCGCAGUGCUCGUCCAAGCCUAGAUUAAUAGUCUGCGGAUAGCCGAGUCGAUCAGCUAGCUAUCUUGUUACUGCCAUCCUUGAGUCCGGGAAGCCAGUUCUCCGGCAGAUGCGCAGUUGGGAAUGGAUAU